AUGAAGCUCCCUUGGCUGGCAUUUCUCUUAGCCGCUUCCGUCUCUGCGGUAACUUAUGAGGGUCUCACUGGCUUCCCGGCGAAUCCCUACGAUCCAUAUUGUGCAACAGCAUGUUUGCGUUCUCUCAACACUUUAACCCUGGACUGCUCCAGCGAAGGUGUUACUGUCGGUAUGGUGACCUUUUCGACUUCUACCGAAUGCUACGCGGAAAACACACCGUUCCUGACGAGUGUUGCCUGGUGCGCACACACCAAGUGUGCCGACUACAACGUCCUCAAUUCCACCAUGGAAUACUUCUGGGAAAAUCAAGUUACUGGGCAGAAGGUCGCUGGGGUUUACGCUGUGCCCGCCAAGUGGAGUUAUGGAGAGGCGCUUUCCAAAGUGAUCACACCGCCAACGCUGCAACUCACACCGGAAGACACUGUCCUGAACACCACCGCCCUCGUCGCGCCUAAAGGAGUGAUUGUGUCUGUGAACACCUGGGCCGCUACGCAUGUCGAGGCCAACUUCCAUGACCCGUUCAAGUUCAAGCCGGAGCGGUGGAUCGAUCCCGAUUGUCCAGAUGAUAAAGCUGCCAGCCAACCCUUUCUCACGGGCAGCAGAGUGUGUCUUGGACGCCACCUUGCCAUGAUGGAAUUACGACUAAUUUUGUCCAAAGUGUUGUGGAAGUUCGACAUGAAACUGAUGGACGAUGAACUCGACUGGGUCAAGGCGAACAAGAACUACGUUUUCUGGGAGAAGCCUGCACUACCGGUCCGGUUUCGUUAUCGAGAAUAUAUUGAGAAAGAGGGAUGA